UAAACUGCCUGAAUUGUUCUCAGAGUUGUACACACCUGGUGCGGCUGCGGGGGGGUGUUGUCGUUGCCGUAAAUGAUACUUUUGCGCUUCUUAACUUCAUUCGCAAGUAGCGAAACUUCUGCAUCCGUGAAGCGCAAACCCCGACGACUUCGCGGGAAAUCCUCCAGGUUAAGCGUAACCCGGCGCCCCAUGUGCUCCUCGGGUGAAUGUGGCGAGAGCAGCGCGCUGGACUGGGGUGCUCACGGGGGAAGGGUGCCAAAUGCUUUUCUUUUCUAUGUCGCAUGCCUCCAAGCCCCGCCCGCGCCAAGAGACACCAGUGAGAAAAGUUUUACGAGUUUUCCCUGUUGGGACAAUAAUUCACCCACUUUGGUUUCCCUGGUGAAUUUGUGUCCUAACCAUUUUACUGAGCGGGUUUGGCACUGAGUUUCAAUGAUUUGUAAAAUAUUGUUUGUUCAUGCGUCAAAGCGCACGCGGGGACUGACGAUCACUCCGAAAGAGAGACAACAAAGUACAAGUAAAAAGUAUUAGCAAAAAGCCAUUUUGAGGGUCCUCUGAAGCCAGCACGACCAACACAUCCCAGAGGUGAGUGCGUGGAUCAGAGCCUACAUGCAACAACAACUUCAGAUUUAAAUGGAGUACAUCCUUGGUAUGAACAUUACUGCUGUGAAGAGGAGGAAGGAGAGAGUCCACAAGAACAGAACUACAUACCUCGCUCUCACAGAGGAUGAGUGCCUUCACAGUCUGCAUCUUUCCCGUGAGGUGGUCACUGAGGUGUGUCACCUGCUGGCAGACGACCUGUCCUCCAAGAGUCCAUCCUGCCCCUAUAGCAUCCCUGUCGCAGUACGGGUCAAAGCUGCUCUGCAUUUCUUUGCCACUGCCUCUGUCCAGAAUCCUCUGAGUUCUACAGGAGGCAUUUCCCAACCAGCUGUGAGCGGCGCCAUCCAUGGAGUCUCCAAGGCCCUGGUGCGACAUGCUGCCGACUUCAUUGUUUUCCCCAACACACAUGAGAGUCAAGCCAAUGUGAAGAAGGAGUUCAAAGAGAAGUUUGGAGUGCCCGAUGUGCUCGGUGUAGUCGACUGUACACAUGUGGUUCUCCGUGCUCCGAUUGACAAUGCUGCAGAGUACAUUAAUAAUGAAAGAACCCACUCAAUCAAUGUUCAAAUCAUUUGUGAUGCAUCCUGUAAAAUAACACAAGUGUAUGCUAAUUUCCCUGCUACAACUCCAGAUGCCACCAUCUUGGAAAAAUCUGAGAUUCCCUCCAUGUUUGAGAAGGAGCCGGCCCCAGAGGGAUGGCUGCUCGGGGACACUGCUUAUCCACUCAAAACAUGGCUCAUACCUCCGUUUGGCAGGCCCAAGACUAAACCAGAGCUCUUAUUUAACAUUUGGCAUUUAGAAGCAUUCAGUGCAAUGGACAAAACAGUCGGAAUGCUAAAAAAGCGAUUCAGAUGCUUGGACAAGCCAUCUGGCAUACAGUACAGCCCGCAGAAAGUUGGAAUGUUCUUCGUGGCAAGUUGUGUAUUGCAUAACAUGGCUCUACGUCAUGGAUGCCUCGAGGAUGUGGAUGAGGAUACGAUCAAGAGCGUGAGAAGACUGGAUAAUGCCAUGCACCUGCCUCUGUCUGAUCUAAAAACAGACUCAGCAGCAGAGCUGAGGAGAGCUCAGCUGGCACAGGAGAUGUGUGAUCACAAACUGUAAUACAAGCAACACUCAUUACAGUGCGAUUGCUGCUACUUAAGUUCUGUGUGCAUAAUCAAGAUGUAUGCAUGCCUGUGUUCAAGGAAUCUCACCACUUUUGACUAUUUUCAUUUGUUAAAAUUUACUCGUGUUGACAGAUGGAUAUAUACUCUACAUUGUCUUGUUUGUAAUGUGAAUUUGCCCUGGCCUGUUAAACAUUCUUUAAAUGUUCCAUAUUAUGCAAAAUUUACUUUGAGUUUUAAAACAUGCUAAAAUGUUGUUACUUCAACAAAAACGUAUCUGGAGUUGUGUUUAGUUUCAGUCACACUAGUUUACACUAGUUUUCAAAUUUACAGCUAUCUUUUAUCUUUUGUUUAGUAGAGAUAAAUUCCAGGGCUGAAAUUACCUAACUGAUUCUAGUGAAGGGGAAUAAAGUUUAAAAACAUAGUGAACUUCCUUUAUAACCACAUGACAUCACUAGGUGUCAUGUCAAGCCUAAAUAUGCAGGGUUUAUGUGUUAAACAUGUAUGAAUGAAACAAAAUACAACUCCAGGUCUGUUUGUCAUAGAUUAUUAAAUUAUAACAUAGAUCAGAAAAUAGCCUAAUAUAGGACCUUUAAAAUGUGACCUAGUUUGGCUUCUCUAAUCACUGUUGCCAGUGUAAUUUUCUAACUUUUCUUAAUCUUAUAC